GAUGGCAGCUUAGUGCAAGUCGUUUUUUCCAAGCCAUUCCUGUAAACACGUGCUGUGUUUAUGUCGCUACUAUAAAAACUUCAGAAAUAGUUAGUAAACAUGGCUAAAAGCCUCAGAAGCAAAUGGAAGCGUAAGAUGCGAGCGGAGAAGAGGAAGAAAAAUGCCCCAAAGGAGCUGGCUCGACUUAAACAAGCUCUGAGUAAUGACAAAAAAGGAGAGGUGGACAUGGCUGACCUGGAGGAGAUUGCUACUGUGGUGUCUCCUGAUAAGAUAAAGAAGCAGACAGAUGUUGACAUGGCAGAGGACGCGGCUGAAGGAUUGAAGAUGGACACAGAUAAGAAGCGCAACAAGAAAACCCUUUUGGAUGAAGACGGACGGUACCCUGUGUGGAUGAACCAACGCCAGAUCAAGAAACUGAAAGAUAAACGCAUGACAAAGAAAAGUGGAAAGGGCAAGAAGAAGAAGGGAAUUGCCUGGUGAAAUGGAGUAACUGAUUCAAAGACUUUUGAUACUAAAUUGCCGUGUCAGAUACAAACUUUCUGCUGCUGUGACUUCUUUAGUGGACUGUCAGAACUGUUGCUCCACCAUAUUCCAAUAGGAACCUUUUUAUUUUUGAGAAAUGUGUUCCUAUGUAAAAACAGUAUGAUUUACGUUCACAGUGGUUCCUAUAAGAGGAUGAACAGUAUUUUCUGCUUGUCUACUUCCUAAAUUGUGUCAAAUAUUAAUGCAAACAAUAAAUACCAUAAAACAA